AUGCUUAUAAGCUUAACAGAAUAAAGAUUGGCACUCAAAAUUAAUAUAAUAAUUUCCAGGAUGAUUAUUAAGAUCAUCAUUCUUAACUUCUGUUAGAAAUAGCAUCUCAUAUAGAAAGUGGAGCAGCUGCAAUUUUUGGCUGCAGAAUAUAGAUAUAUUGGAAUUGUCAUUUUUUUCUUAGCAUUGUUAAUCUUCUUUAUUGUAGAGCCAGUCUUAGGAUAAGAUUGGAAUACAGUUGCAUUUUUAGUUGGAGCCCUAACUUCUAUCAUAUCAGGUUCAGAUAUAAUCGUUAACAAUAGGAUAUAUUGGAAUGAGAGUAGCUACUUUCUCUAAUUAUCGUUGUGCCAAUUGUGCAUAGACAAAAAUGACUGAUGCAUUUGCAGUGGCAUAUAGAGCUGGAUGUGUUAUGGGCUUUGCAUUGGUAAGUUUUGCAUUACUAAGUUUAACAAUUCUUUUGGGAAUCUAUAUUAAUUGGUUCAUAAAAGAUUAAAGAGACUUUUAACAAUUAUUUGAAGCAAUAGCUGGAUAUGGAUUGGGAGGAUCAGUAAUAGCAUUAUUCGGUAGAGUAGGUGGAGGAAUCUAUACAAAAGCAGCUGAUGUUGGAGCAGAUCUUGUAGGAAAAGUUGAAAAUGAUUUUAAAGAGGACAGUCCUAAUAAUCUUGCAACCAUUGCAGAUAAUGUUGGAGAUAUUGCUGGAAUGGGUGCAGAAUUAUUUGGAUCAUUUGCAGAGGCUACUUGUGCUGCAUUAGUAGUAUGUAGUGUAUUUCCAUCAUUUUAUUAUCAUCCUACUACAUUUUAUUAUCCAUUAUUAGUUUCAGCAUCAGGAAUACUUGUGUAAUUAAUUCAUACAAAUUUAUAGCUGUUUUAUUGUUUCCAUUUUUGCAUUUUUAGGUGAAAAAGAAGAUUUUGAUUAAGUUUCAAAUGUAUUGAAAGUUUAGUUGAUAUUAUCCACUCUUUUAAUGUUACCUGCUCUUUAUUAUGUUGCAUAUCUAACUUUGCCAGAGAGAAUCUUUGGAUUAUCACCAGUAGAUAGACAACCUAUUCAUGCAUGGCUUUGUACUGUUGUUGGACUAAUAAGUGGUUGCAUCAUCGGAUUUGUAACAGAAUAUUAUACUUCACAUUCUUAUAGACCAGUAUAAGAAAUUGCUUAAGCAUGUGGUACUGGAGCAGCUACUAAUAUUAUUUAUGGAAUUGCCUUAGGAAAUCUCUCUACUAUUAUUCCAGUUUUCUUGUUAGCAUUUACUGCCUUCAUUUCAUAUUCUUUUGUCAAUGUUUGGAGUUUCCUUAAGUGCUUUAGGAAUGUUAUCAACUUUAACUAUUGGUUUGGCAAUUGAU